GCCUGGGGAAAAGGGAUGAAUGUUAAUUUCAAAGAUGGCGGCGGAAGGAGGAGGGAAGGAGAUGAACGAAAUUAAAACUCAAUUCACUACUCGGGAAGGUGUCUACAAACUCCUCACUCACUCCGAAUACAGCCGUCCCAACAGGGUGCCUUUCAACUCGCAGGGCUCCAACCCGGUUAAGGUCUCCUUCGUGAACGUCAACGACCAGUCGGGUAACGGCGACAGGAUCUGUUUCAAUGUGGGCCGUGAGCUCUACUUCUACAUCUACAAAGGCGUCAGAAAGGCUGCUGACUUAAGCAAGCCCAUAGAUAAACGCAUUUACAAAGGGACGCAGCCCACGUGUCAUGACUUCAACCAUCUCACGGCGACGGCGGAGAGUGUGUCCCUGCUGGUGGGGUUCUCAGCAGGACAGGUACAGCUCAUCGACCCCAUCAAGAAGGAGACAAGUAAACUUUUCAAUGAGGAGAGACUAAUAGACAAGUCCAGAGUGACGUGUGUGAAAUGGGUGCCAGGCUCUGAGAGCUUGUUCUUGGUCUCGCAUGCCAGUGGAAAUAUGUACCUCUACAAUGUGGAGCAUACCUGUGGUACCACAGCACCACACUACCAGCUGCUCAAACAGGGGGAGAACUACUCUGUACACACUUGCAAAAGCAAAUCCACGCGGAACCCUCUCCUGAAGUGGACAGUAGGGGAGGGAGCUCUAAAUGAGUUUGCUUUCUCUCCAGAUGGGAAAUUCCUUGCCUGUGUAAGCCAAGAUGGCUUCCUAAGGGUGUUUAACUUUGAUGCUGUGGAGCUUCACGGCACCAUGAAGAGCUAUUUUGGUGGCUUGUUGUGUGUGUGCUGGAGCCCUGAUGGAAAGUACAUAGUGGCUGGUGGAGAGGACGAUUUAGUGACUGUGUGGUCUUUCUUGGACUGCAGAGUCAUCGCUCGAGGUCACGGCCACAAGUCAUGGGUGAGUGUGGUGGCGUUUGACCAUUACACAACCAGCGUGGAGGAAAGUGACCCAAUGGAGUUCAGUGGCAGCGAUGAGGACUUCCAGGAUCAGAUGAUCCACUUUGGAAGAGACAGGGCCAACAGUACCCAGUCUCGACUUUCCAAGCGCAACUCUACGGAUAGUCGACCUGUUAGCGUAACAUACCGGUUUGGCUCAGUGGGCCAGGACACUCAACUGUGCCUGUGGGACCUUACUGAGGACAUCCUUUUCCCCCAUCUUCCUCUUUCAAGGACACGAACACAUACUAAUGUGAUGAAUGCUACUAGCCCUCCUGCUACAAUUAUCACCAACACCUCUAGUAACACUACUAAUGGAAACGACAGUGGUGCCAAUACUCCUGGCAUUAACUCUGUCUCUGCUACAUUACCACGCUCCAACAGCCUGCCCCAUUCAGCCGGCACCACAACAGCAAACAGUACCAACAAGGCCAGCAGCGGGGGCGGUGGAAUCAGCAGUGGUAUUAUGGACAGUGCUAUUGCUACUGGCGUGAGUAAAUUUGCCACGCUCUCACUCCAUGAUCGGAAGGAGCGCCACUACGAAAAGGACCACAAGCGCAACCACAGCAUGGGUCACAUCAGCAGCAAGAGCAGCGACAAGCUCAACCUGCUGACGAAAACCAAAACGGACCCUGCUAAGACUCUGGGCACGUUGCUUUGCCCGCGCAUGGAGGACGUGCCUCUUCUGGAGCCCCUCAUCUGUAAAAAAAUAGCACACGAGAGACUAACUGUACUCAUAUUUUUAGAAGACUGUUUAGUGACUGCUUGUCAGGAAGGAUUUAUUUGCACAUGGGCGAGGCCAGGCAAAGUGGGUUUACUGUCAUCUCAAAACCAAGCCAGCUCUCCCAGUGGAACAGUAGUAUAGCCACAAUAUUUCUGCUGCUAAAGAACCCUGCAACCCAGAGUCUGAUGCUGCUCUUCACCCUGCAAGCAUUGCAAGUUUUUCUUUUCUUUUUCUUUAUAUAUAUAUAUACAUUAUUUUUUUACCCUUCCCUCUCCCAGUUUUGUUGAUGGCUUUUCUGUUUUUGCUUAUCACUCACUUGACUUGGAGGUCAACAGGACAGUUUAGUGCAAUGUUUUUGACUGUUGCUCUAUUCUCUGGAGUUUCAACAUAUUUUAGUUUUUUUCCCAUCAGAUCUAAUCAGACUGUUCUCCUCUGUGGAAUUAAAGCUCAGCUUUGUUAAAUGCAGACCACACAGUUGUGUCUUGAGAUUAAAAUAAUAGUUUCUUAUUACAUAUAUCCCAUUUUAAAAGCCUUUAUACCUGAUCCUGUCAAGGUUCAGAGUCACUGACUAAAAUCUAAAUUUAGGAAAAACUGUCCUUUUCAUGAACAAAUGUGUCUGAAAAAAAUGGUAUCCAUCCACGUUCACCCGCCACGUCUCUUUUCUUGUCUAGAAUCUCCCGGUUGACGACUUUGCACUGAUUGUUUUUUUUUAUAACUACUCUAAUGGAACAAAAGCGGUUGAGGAUUGCCUUGUUGCACUUGGCUUUAACAUCCUCAGUCUUGAAGUCUGACUCUAUAAAGCAGGAUGCUGCAGUUAUAGACUUUUUAAAGAAUAAAAAAAUGGUUUGCACUUAAAUUUAGAUUAUUAGAAAAAUAAUUGCUUUACAUUUUUGGGUGUGAUAAAAACUCAUAAAUGUCUAACACAGUAGAU